AUGCCCCGCUCAGCCGUCGCCACCUCAAUACGCUACAGACCCUCGCUGAAGCCGGCAUAUCCCUCGCUCUGCUCCAACUUCCGCUUCAAACCCCUCGCGAGACCCAUCAUGGCGAGCUUCCACACCACCCCCGCUGCCGCCACCAACGGCUCUGCAAAGCGGUCCAUCCAGCCGCGCGCCUGGUCGCUGGACGAGUCCAUCUCGGUGAAGGACUUCGCCGGCCUCUGCGAGCAGACCGCCACCACCGACGACUACCCGCUCGCAGCCGCCGUGGAGAAGAACAUCCCCGUCUACGAUCUCGCCUCCUUCUCGCUCGACGACCAGGCCGCCAUCGACCGGCUGCAGGACGAGUGGAACCAUGUCCUGCUCUCCGGCCCGGGCGUCUUUGCCGUCAAGAACCUCUACACCGACCACUCUGCCAUCAACGCCGCCAACAAGGCCUACGAUGACAUCAUCGCCGCCGAAGCCUCGGGCGCCAAGGGCGACCACUUCGCCGCCUCGUCGGCCAACUCGCGCAUCUGGAACUCCUUCAGCAAGCACGGCCUGGCCGACCCGAGCUCCUUCGUCGCCUACUACUCGAACCCGUGGCUGUCCCACAUCUGCGCCGCCUGGCUGGGCCCCGCCUACCGCAUCACCGCCCAGCUCAACAUCGUGCGCCCGGGCGGCGCCCCGCAGGUCUCGCACCGCGACUACCACCUGGGCUUCCAGACCGCCGACGCCUGCGCCCGCUUCCCCAAGGCUAUGCAGGUUGCGAGCCAGCUGCUGACGCUGCAGGGCGCCGUCGCCCACAGCGACAUGCCCCUGUCCUCGGGCCCGACGCGCUUCCUGCCCUUCAGCCAGCAGUUCCCCCAGGGCUACAUGGCCUACCGCCGCCCCGAGUUCAACGAAUACUUCCUCUCGCGCUGGGUCAGCCUGCCGCUAUCCAAGGGAGACGGCGUCUUCUUCAACCCCGCCCUCUUCCACGCCGCCGGCGCCAACGAGAGCUCCGACAUCGACCGCAGCGCCAACCUCGUCCAGAUCAGCUCCGCCUUCGGCAAGCCCAUGGAGACGGUCGACGCCCUGCCCCUGGUAGAGCGCUGCUGGGAGGAUAUCAAGGCGUUGAAGAAGCAGGGAGACGCCAAGGCGCGUGAGGUCCGGGCGCUGAUCGCCGCCGUGGGCGAAGGCUACCCCUUCCCGACGAACCUGGACAAGAGGCCGCCCGCGCCGGGUGGAAUGGCCCCUGAGAGCGAGCAGGAGCUGCUGCUGAGAGGGCUGGACGAAGGAUGGAGCACCGAAGAGGUUGUGGCGAACUUGAAGCAGAUGAGGGAGGACUCGAAAGCUUGA